CACUGCAGCCUGCUGGCUCUGAGCUCCAACCCCAGGCUGAGAGACAGAGAGACAGAGCACCUGGCGAGGACGCUGGCCGGAUGGUUAAAUCUAACCUACAGACGAUUUUGAAUAGUCAUUGUUUUGUUAGAGAAAAAGAGAGAAACUUAUCCGAGAUGCCUGUUAUUGAGCAGACAAGUAACACACCUGAAACCGAAAGUAUCUCCAGUCCCAGGAGGUGCUCCCGCUGUUGCAGUAACCCGUGUCCGGGGCCUCUGUGGUGCUCCGAUGCCCCUCUCCCACCCCUGAAGAUCCCAGGUGGGCGAGGGAAUGACCAGCGGGAUCGCAAUCUUUCAGCUAAAAUAUUCUAUUCUGAUACUCAGUUGCUGGUUCUUGAGGAGCCUCCCCCUGCCAACGGCAGAGUGCGCUUCUUGCUCUUUGAGCCCCGUCGCUCUGAGGGUAAGCACUGUGUCUGGAGGGCGGCGCUGAAAGGAGGGAACCUUUAUGUUGAAAUCCCUCCUGGAGCUUUGCCCGAGGGCAGCAAAGACAGUUUUGCUCUUCUGCUGGAAUUUGCAGAAGAGCAGCUGCAGGUUGGUCACGUGUUCAUCUGUUUUCACAAGAACCGUGAUGAUAGAGCAUCCCUGCUACGUACAUUCAGUUUCCUGGGCUUUGAGAUUGUGAGACCGGGUCAUCCCCUCGUCCCCUCCCGCCCCGACGCUUUCUUCAUGGCUUACAGCAUCGAGCGAGACUCCUCCGAUGACGACUAAAUGACGCUGAGCAGUUACAAAUGUUUAAGUUCUUAUUUCAAUCCAUGUCUACACAGCUUUAUGAUUUUCGGGGAAAUGAAUAUAGUAUCCAAGUUCAGUGUGGUUGAGGUUUCCUUUUCGUUUGUUUUACCGUCACCUACCACGUGCUGUGUUUCAAUGAUAUUUGCACUAGGGUUAAGAUGUUAAUAUACCAGGAAUGUAGAGCAAGCGCCCGCGUACUAUCCGGGCAUUGUGUCCUCGCCACUGUAUUACUCUCCAUGACGUGUAGUGCUGACCUCCUAUUCUCCCUUCCCUGAUGAACACCCUGAUGAUCAUCUCCACAGUGUAAUAUUUAUGAUCCAUUUUAAUUCAUCCUACUGGUGUUAGUAGAAAUGUCUUCAUAGUAUCAGUUGAUUCUCCUGAAUUUUUUUUUUUUUUUUUAAUGUGUGCAUGAUUUUCAUUUGUAGCUUUGAUUCACUUGAUAGAAAUCUGCAUGUUGUAACUACUAAAUAAAAGUGCUCACCUAAGA